AUGGAUGAACCAAGAGAAAUACAAACUGAAGCUUUCUUUGCAGCAUGGAACCAUGAUGGGAAAAAAGUUCAUGAAGAAAUAGUUGAAGCACCAGAGAAUUUUGAUUCCAAAUAUUGCAUUGGAGUUGGAGGGAAUGGAAGUGUGUAUAAAACACUACUAUCAACUGGUCAACUUGUUGCUGUGAAAAAGUUCCACGAGAAUAAUGGAACAGACCAUCAACAAGCUUUCAAAAGCGAGACAAGCAUUUUGGAUUUUAUAUUGAGCGACAAUGAAAAGGCAACAGAGUUGGAAUGGUUCAAGAGAGUGAACAUUGUCAAAGGUUUGGCAAAGGCGACAUCCUAUCUGCACCAUGAAUGUUUUCCAGCUAUAGUCCACAGAGACAUAUCUAGUAAGAAUGUUCUGUUGGAUGAUGAAUGUGAAGCUCACAUUUCUGACUUUGGCUCUGCUACAACUUUAGAUCCAGACUCAUCAAAUUGGACUCCAUUUGCAGGAACCUUCGGUUACUCAGCCCCAGAGCUUGCUUAUACAAUGGAAGUAAAUGAGAAGAUUGAUGUCUACAGCUUCGGAGUUGUUGCAUUAGAAUCUAUCAUGGGAGAGCAUCCUGGAGACCUCAUAUCAUCUCUGUUAUCAUCACCACUACAUGCUGUUGAUGUUCUGCUUAAGGAUGUACUUGACCAACGUCUCUCACCUCCAAAGCGGCAAAUAGCAGACUAA